GACUGGCAGCCCCGAGCUAAGAAUGUUAGUCAGUCGAUUCGUUCGUCAUUCGUCGCGUUAGCGUCGCAUAGGACAGGUCAUUUUUCGUUAUAACAUUCUGGAAAUCUAUCUAUUAUAAUACAUUACGACUAAAUGGAAGAACAGUAUUGCACAUUACAGAGGUUGGCUUAUUCCUUCUUCUUCUUGCUGUUCCCUGGAAAGGACAAGGUAGCUGUAUUUCAAAAGUCAAGAAUGAGAAUCUUCCAGCCUUCACCUCUUCUGUGGAACUCGACGAUUCCUAUUUAAUGGCGGUUUUACGAUGACUUGUCUUGGACUCCAGCAGUGUUAGUGACAACGUUCGUCACAUCUAAUCGGAGUGGUGUCGAGAAAGUAAGGCAGCUCGAGCAGCGGGAAGCAAAUUAUCUCUUACAAAUUAAGUAGAUGAAGUAGACUAAAGUACAAGUCGUUCUCGAUCGGUCUACCUGUUUCCAUAAUGAAGUUAUGUUGGUGCGCGGCCUCCAUGUAUGCUGCAUUGCUUCUUUCCCAUUUAAUGAAGAAAAUUAUUAUCACGGUGAGUUUUAUGAGACAUCAAUCUGCAAAAAUUUGCUCCUUGAAAGUCUUCUGCUCUCGAUUCUUGUACCGUUUGUAAGCUAUAUGUGGUUGUACUUUUUUUCUCUUUAAUAUGGUCUAUACGGUAUUAUUGCUGACAUCCUCCACCGCGGCAAUAAUCCGGGUGAUUACGUGCAAACUUCUUCCUUAAUGACAUUAUGUUAUGUUUGCCAAAUUGAAUGUGAUGACAACGUCCUCUCGCCCAACUUUGCAUAAUUGUCUGUGUAAGUAAUUAUUUGAUUUAUUAGCUCGUCGCUAAAAUGUAUCUUUAAAAAGGUCCAAUGGUUGUUCAACGUUUGAGGGAGCCUGUGAUCUUGUAGGUUCUUUGCCGGCUGUAGCUGCUUUGUCAAUAGCACAAAGUAUGUUUCGAAUAUUUUCCUUUUCUGCUGCUUAAAGUCUUCUUUCCUUUGUCACUUGGUUUCAUCGUUGAUAUUCCCCCUCGUUAAAAAAAAAUUUACUUCCACGGAAGAUUGUAUCAGUAAACUAAGUUACUCAGUAAAAUUUUGCUCUAGUCAGUUAACUGAUUUUCUCAUUAACAAUUGUCCUCAAUUAUGUUUAUGUACAAUUAAAUAAUAAGACCAAGAAUCAUCUACACGGUAUUGUUAUUGUACAGAAAUUUACAAUAAAAUAUAGCAAUUAUCAUUAUUAUCGAUUCUACCGGUUAAGUCUUUCACUUUAUUACCUGACUUCCUCAUUGACUAAGAUUUGGUUUAGAGUUGUCGAUUAUAAUUCGUUUCAAUAGAAUAACAUUGCACUCCCCUUGCGGUUCGGCCACAUUCGUCACCAUGUUUUCUAAAUUAAUGAUUCUAUUCAAGUACUUAUUUAUACAAACAUGCAUUUAACAAUGUUACAUUCUUUUGCUUUGAUGGAAAUGUAGAUUUUGUAGAAUGUUGAAGAGCUUGUGAAUUUCUUGUAAACAUUGGGAUAAACUUUUUUUUUUCUUUUUUUUUUUCGUGGAGGAAACCUUCAUAGGCGCCCCGCGCCCUCCGGGGAGAGGGCGCUGGGUAGUGCCGGAUUCGUACCGGCUAAAACCUCCACGGUGGCCUGUCCUGACGCCUGAGUCGAGAUGCACCCGGGAUCUCUCCCGAAUUACUACCGGUUACCCCCGGGCGUCUAUCUCUCCUUUUUUGUCGAAGGGAGGCGUCCUGCUCUUCUUGAACCGCUGGGGGAGGACCACGCCCCCUAGCGCCUCGCUCCUGUUGCGUCAUCCUGGGGACCCCGUCCCCUGACGCCUCUUCCUGGUUCUUCGCGCUCCUACGGUGGCCGCGGCGGCGCCGGUGGCGGCGUCGCGCCCCUGCGGCGCGUUGUGUUCCUCGGGCGCUGCGAUGUCCUGGACGGAUCGCGAGCUCGCUCCCGGUUUCUUUCUGCCCGCUCCUUCGCCAGCAUGACCUGCUCGCAGUAGGUGCGGAUGGCGGCGAACUCCUGGCGCCCUCUGAGCAUGGCCGCGACGACCGCUUCGGGGGCUAAGCUCUCGCCGAUUUCGAGCCGUAGGACGCGUCGUGGUUCCGCCCACGCCGGACAGAACUCCAGCGUGUGUUGCGCCGUGUCCUCCUCUUCCUUGCAGUGGUGGCAGACGGACGUCGCCUCUCGCCGAAUCCUUAGCAGGUACUCACCGAACACUCCGUGGCCGGUGAGCACCUGCGUCAUCCUGAAGAAACAUUGGGAUAAACUGGUCGAAAAAUUACCAGUUCAGGAGAUGUUUUAAAUAAAUAACCGUACAUUUUACGAUACAGUCAACGAUAAGCGAUGCAGUAUUUAAAUGUUUUUUACAUUUUACAAACUCAAUCAAAUACAUCAAAUGAAUCAUUGAAAAAAUCGUAUUUGCUGCGUUCAAGUCAAGAUUUUCAAAAAUAUAAAUACAUGUAACUCCUAUGAUACUUCUCUGUCUCAUACAAGUUCUGCCUCCGGCUUGCAAGAUGACCAAGAUGAAUCGUCUUUUAACUAGUUCACCCGAUUAAGAUACAAAAAUAUUAAUUACUUCGGACGCAAAGAAUUUUGUUCUUGGAUCUUUCCUAUCGAGAGUCAAGGCUCAAGAAUGAAGAGUCAAGGCUCAAGAAUGAAGAGUCAAGCUUCAAGAAUGAAGAGUCAAGGCUCAAGAAUGAAGAGUCAAGCCUCAAGAGUGAAGAGUCAAGCCUCAAGAGUGAAGAGUCAAGGCUCAAGGAUGAAGAGUCAGGAUUCAACAAUGAAGAGUCAAGCAGCAGUCGAUUCAAGAUGACUUCAAUCUUUUGAUUGAAGCCUCGAAUCGGGAUGAUAUUCCUGUUGGACAUGGCUAACACCCUGAUGCGUCGAGUAGUAAUAACUAUAUGUAUUAUAGUUUCAAGUGAGUCAUCGUUCGCAAGAAAAUUAUCACUGAAAUAUUACUACUACGAUGAAAUCCUGUUUGUUUAUGGGAUACUUUUCGUAGCUCAAUGUUUGCACUUAUGAGAUUUACUGUCACUGUUGAUAUUACUGAUGAUUAUUAAUUAGUAAGGAAAUAACUUUCGGCAAUUCCAAGAUAGAAUAAUAUAAUACAACAACUUGGCAUUGAAGCAAUUCAUUGGAGCUACGAUUUAAGAAUUCUUAGUUUUUUUAUUCUGUAUAAAUGACUAACAAACACACAAAUAACACAACGGAUAUGUUUCUUACAAUCAUAUAUAACAAAUAACUUAAAAUUUCUUUGCCACAAUCAACGUUAUUAAACAAUCUUAGGAGAGAUCAAAUGCGGAAUUUUCCUGCAUUAGACAGAUCAAAUAAUUUUAACCAAACUAUUGUGGCGUCAUGGUUGAUUAAUUACAAUCAAUCGCGUGAUAAUGAAAUUAUUAUAUGUUGCGUAAGAAUACUUGAAGCUUCUAUCGAUUGGAAUGGCUGUUUAGUUUCCCAAAGGAGCAAGAGGAAGCAACUUGAAGAUGCCACAAAUUCGGCUUUUCUUUAAAGAGUCAAAGGAGAAGAUCGAAGAUGAGUAUACAAGUAAAAUUCUACUUCACAGAAAAUUGUGAUUAUUAAUUAAGAAUAUUGUCAUCCACUACAACGAAGAAAAUAAUGACGAGACAAAUAAUAUUGUUAUCGGCUGGAAUACUUUUUUUUCGUUCUUCGAAACCAUCAUCGGAUUCGAGACAUGAUAUUGACUCUCAAAAUAAUACAAUACUUACUACAAUACCUGACACAGUUGAUUGUCACCUCUGGUCACUCGACCUGUGAUGAUAUACAAUUUAUUACAUAUACAUGUACUAUAUGAAUAUUUGCAGAGAAAAGGAUUAAUAAAUAAAUUGAUAAAAAUCCUGCAGGGCACAGAGAAACACAAUUUACUCUGAAAAAUGCAAGAAUAGUUGUGAGAGGGCCAAGAUUAGAGAUUUAAAAAUCAUAGCGGAGACAUGCGUAAACAACAGCAAAGCUUCCAAAUUUUUUCAAGUAGGAGCAAUACGUUCUAUGAUUCAUUGGACACAUUAAACACACCGUAGGGAAUUCUCAUAACACAUACACUCGAAAUAUAGUAUUGUCAAAAAUUUGGAAUCAUUGUGUAUCCUACAGAAGUCAUAGCAGUAAGAAAAGAAAAAUUAAAAAGCUGUUUGAUAAAAAAUUUGAUCGAAAAUAAGGACACUGUUGAUGUUUAUAAUAUUAAUUUCGAAAUAAGAAUAAAAUUAACAAAAUAUAUUUAUAUAUUAUAAACAUAUAAAUUAACAAAUAUAUAUUAUAUAUGUCAUCAUAUAAAUAUAUAUAUAUGUGGCCAAAGUUCAGGAAAUCUGAGUCAAAAGAGACCGGAAAGCUGUGCGUAAAUCAGACGACAGAUUGCUAUUUUCAAACGUAAUUCGUGAUUGAUCACACUUUAAUGAAAUUGUUCCUAAAAUCCAGUGUUAUCAAGCUAAACGAAUUUUAUAUCAUAAGGCAGAACAAAAUAAAAAAUUUUGAUCUGCCUUAUUAUAGAAGAAUCAUUUAAUUUCUUUGUAUAUAUCACAAUAACGUGAUUCUUAGACACAUACAGACAUUACGUUGCACAGACAUUAACCGUAGUGUAAUUAACAAAGUAAAAAAAAAAAAAAGAAAUUAAUCUGGCCGAAAUUUCAGAAGAUUGGUUAUUAGCAGAAGAAUGUGACGAUCUCCAAAUUUCGAAAAUCGCCAAUAAAUUGCAAAAUGAUCAGGUUUAGAAGAUAUGGCGAAUAUUUAUCAUAAAAUACAAUGAAAAGGCAAAACCCUCUACUUGUCCUAUGACGGAUCGGUACCAAUAGGACGCCGACAGGUCGAGGCAUCAACGCGGUCGUAACACCUCCCGGGCGAUCCGCAGGUACCAACCGCCAACACCAGAGGGCUACUACGACGACGAGUCUGUCUGUCUCGCUAGCGGUCGAAUAUACGGGCGCACGAUACAAAUACCGCACCUAGCGAGACUCCCUCUACGUCUAAGACAGGGACUACCGGGCAUAGCCUUACUGACGAGUCCCAGGUACCGGUAGUCCCAGGACGAAACGCGAAUUCCCUUUUCACCUGGCAGCAACUAUAACACCUCGUACAAACAUAACGGGCAAGUUAAGCGGCAAAAGCGAUUUGAAAGAAGAAUAUGUUAUUGUAUUGCUUUUAUUAAAUUUGUAUACUCAUCAUACUCCUAAAAUAGAUUCCCUUUAGUACCGUUAAAGCACUUCAGUCUGUUAUAUUUCUAUUCGGCAGUCCUCGCCGAGUAAUAGCGGAUCAAGAGAAAUGUUUUACGGAUAGAGAUUUCUGUCAAGGUAAACACUAAACUCUACUUAAUCUCAACCGAUGCGAGUAGAGCCAACGGACAUUUGAGAAAAAUGCCAGAUAGUUGUAUUCCUGCUGAAUUGGAUGUCUGUAGUGAUGACAGGAACAGUGACAAUGAUGAUAUGAGUACCUCAAUCUCGGAAGAUCAUUAGCACUAUGACAUAUGAUAUGAUAACAUUUGGCAGAGUAAGUUCACACGCGCCAGGGGCGACAAUGUUACGAAGCUCAGUGAGAUCGUGAGAUCUAGAAAAACGAAAUUCAUUUGGCUACGAAAUUGAGAAUGGUCAUGGAAUCAUGUCAUUACUACCAGACUGAUAAUCCACAGGAUGCAACUAGCGCUUUAAAUACUAAUCAUAAUACUACUGACUUUUGCUUUCUUUUAUUUUUGUUAUCAAUCCGAUCAAAAUUUUUGUUGUUGAACUGGACCCUUGGGUUAUUUAGACAUUUAGUUAAAUUUAUAAAAAACAUCAGUUGUAUCGAGUCUAAUGUUGAGAAAACUCGAUAUCGAUGUUUGCGAUAGCGCAAAUCAAUUUAUUUAAAAUAUCUCCUGAUAUUCUGUUUCUUUCUUAGCUACAUAUUUAUCUCAAUAUUUUUUUGUACAAAAAUCGAUUCAAUUUAUGUAAACGGAAAGAAUGAAAAAAUAAUAGUUAUGAAUCUCCAUUGAAAAAAUAAUGUAAAUGUUAAAUGUAAUAAAUGUUUCCGCGGUGAAUGCCAUGCUUUGUAGUCUGCUGCUUCUUGCAAGUGAACCAUCUUGCACUGACAUGUCUUACGAUGACAUGUCUUGGACUCCAGCAGUGUUAGUGACAACGUUCGUCACAUCUAAUCAGGAAGCUGCUCUUGACGACAGCGGAUGGAGUUCCUCAGGACGAGGAGAACCCACGCGUUCGCGAAUAGGAAUGAUAAUUCGAUUGAAGUUUGGAAUGUUGGGAAUGCACCUUUUGUGGAAUGUACGAUACCUGGUCAUCCAGAAAAUUCCAUAGAAAAUAUUCUGUGGAUAGGUCCAAGAUUGUUUUCAACCGGUCUUCAUGGCAUGAUAACAGAAUAUGAUUUAACAACAUUAUCUAUCAAAAGCGAAGUUGCAGUGACUGGAGGUGCAGCCUGGUGCAUGGAUGUUAAUCAUAAAAAAACAUGUUUAGCUGUUGGUACAGAGAGUGGAUAUAUCAAUACAUUUUCUGUUACUCCCCAUUCAUUGAUAUACGAAAGGAUAUUUGAUAAACAGAAAGGAAGAAUCCUUUGUAUUAAAUGGGAUAACACUGGAGAAAUGAUCUAUACAGGGUCUGUUGACACAAUUAGAGUUUGGAAUGCUGUAUCUGGUCAUGCGAUUCAUAAAAUGACGACUUCUAGAAAGGAAGCAAAGAAAGAAACUAUUAUCUGGUGUUUAGCAGUUACAGAUGACAACAUCAUAAUUUCUGGAGACUCACGUGGGUAUUUAUCAUUUUGGGAUCCUCACAUGGGUACCCUAAUAGAAUCCCAUGAAAGUCAUACAGCUGAUGUAUUAGCUGUUACUUUGUCUCAUGACAUGAAUAUUGUAUAUUGUGCUGGUGUUGACCCUGUAGUGAGAAGCUUUUGUAAAAUAACUAUGAAAUCAAGUGGUAGGCCACAAUGGGUGAAAGGAAUCGAAAGAAGGUUACACGCUCAUGAUGUAAGAGCCUUAGUAGAUGCUGAUGGAAAAUUAUAUUCAGCUGGUGUAGAUGGAUAUCUAGCCCAGUCCAGUUAUCCACCAAAAAUUCUGGUUAAAUAUCCGCCAUUACUACAGCUUCCAUGUGCUACAGUUUGUAGAAAAUCUAGAUGUAUUCUUUUACAAUAUACAAACUUUCUUGAGCUAUGGAGGCUUGGAUCACCUACUAAAGUAUCUUCAGAAUCAAUACGUCCUGGAAUGGUCCACCAGUUAGAAGAGGAGCCUAUAAAAUUGCUGCAAUUAAAAACAAAAAGAGACGAACACAUCCUUUCUUGUGCUAUCAACAAGGAUGCCAAAACAAUUGUUUAUUCAACCGAUGAUCAUGUUAGAGUUUUCAACUUUGACGUGAUCGAGGGAGAUGCACAAUUAUCAAGAAAUGAUACGGACAUUUCUGCAACCAGAAUACAAAAAAUGUUAUUUAGUCCAAAUGGAAAAUUAUUUGUAACAAUAAAUAACGACGAAAAAAAUAGCACUAUAACAUUAUAUAAAGUGGAAAAGAAGCAUCUGAGGCAUCUUGGCUUUUUUUACACAAAUAAGGAAUCUAUUAUAAGUGUUGGACUAGUGUGUUUUUCUCCCGACAGUAAAUUUUUCGUUUGUGCUGAUCGUCAGGGUAGGAUUGCUGUAUAUAAUGUUAGUGACACUACAAAUAACGACGGACCUGUCGCAUGGUUGUUACCCAAAUACAGUUGUCCACCAACAGCCAUGGCGAUCCAGAAAGGCACGUUAAAUUUAGUUAUAGUAUAUUCCGAUCAUAAGAUUAUCGAAUAUAACAUAUUACAAAGACAAUACACCAAAUUCUCGAACAAUUUACAAAGUCGACUUCCCAAGCAAUGGUUAGCCCGGCCAUUCCCUAUAACGAAUAUUAUUUUUGAUCCACGUAACGAGAAUAUCAUAAUAAUGCACGAUGACUCGACAGUUUACGUAAUUGAUAAAUUGAACGAGUUCUGUGAAAAAGAAACGAAAAUUUUAAAGCGCGAGAAUGGCGACACCACCGAGGACAAUAAUUCUGUGAUAAAUUCUCAGCAAGUUUUUCAAGUUCUUAAAAAAUACAAGCACCUUGUAUACUUGGAUUGGUUGACCGACGAAGAAUUAGUAGCAGUCGAAGUAAACCCCAUAUCCUUGACGGAAAAGUUACCGCCGACUCUCAAACAAAAAUGGUUUGGAAUGUAAAUAUAUGAAGAAUGAAAUAAAUGAAAUCCAUUUUCUUACUGGAAUCGAAUGUUGUCUGCAAAGUCGUCAUCACAUUUUUAUAAGAGCAUCAAAAUGAAGAAUUACAUAUCUAUUUCUAUGUCAACUACUACAUUGUUCAUAUGAGACUACAACGAUUUAUUUUUUAAUACAUUUUCUUAUAGUAUACAGUC